GUAUAUUGUCUAUAUCCCAUUGUUUUUUCAACUUACUUUUUUUCUUCUUCUUUUUGAAAAAAAAAAAAGAAAAAAAAACAAAAAAACAAUGGCCAUCCACAUUAACAAAAUUUCCAUUUUGCUCAUAACCCUAAUUUCCAUUUCCCUUUCACAUCAAGCAAUUGCAAAUGAUCCAAAUGUAGACAAAGCAAAUGUGAAAAAUCUUGUCACUCCCCUCAUGGUUUCAACCAUAGCGAAAACCGAGGAGUUCGUUAAGACAAAUAUCAUAACACGUUUAGCUACCGUUAAAGAAAAUCCUAAUAAAGAUUGUCUCGAUACAUGCAAAGAAGUGUACGAGGACGCGGUCGAUGCCAUGAAAAAAACAAUAAAAAGUGUAGAUGAAGGAAAUUACGUAGAAGCUCUUGUGCAUGUUAGUGCUGUGGGAUCAUUCAUGGGUACAUGCAAAGAUAGUAUUGAGGAGAUACAUUGUGAUGUUAAUCCUGAAAUGACUAAAUUUGAGGAUUGGUCAAAUGGUGUUAUUAGUGAUGCUACAACUAAAAUUGCUAGUGUUGCUCAUUAAAAAACGAAAUCGAGAAAAAAUUUCGUUAAAAAUGUUCAAAAUUUGAUAGUUCUAUAUGUACAAAUAUAUAUAUUUAAUAUAUUCACAAUAUAUUAUUUCUC